AUGCCCUUACGCAGGUCUACAAGUUGUGAGUUUACCAGCUUUUCACACGGAACUGAAUACAACUCGGAGAGUGAAAAGAUCAAAGGACGGCGUAGCAGAUCUGCUCGUAAGAAGAGCGUUCAGUGGUCGGAGGAUCUAGAGGAAGUGCGUUAUUUUUCCCCACACAGAAGUAGGAGCGAAACUAUUCGAAGAAAGUUCCAAAAGGUAAAGAAGAGAGCAGAACACUUCACAGAGCAACCUAUGAUGCGAGUUUUCAUGAAUUUCCGCGAGUCAAGAGUAAAGCGAUUGCGACUUAUUGGGCAACAUACAAACUGUUUUUCCUUAGAUUCUGGAAUGCAGAGUUUCGAAGAGUAUAAUAAACAGUGGGACCGUCUGUUUGAGAUGUAUUCAAGUCCAAAUAUUUCUGUAGAAACAAAGGACACAGAAACAGUAUGA